AUGUCGAACCGGGUUGGGUUGACGAUUAUUGCGUGCAGCCUCGGUAUCGUGUUCUUCGUCGCCUGUCGCUCGGCAUUAAAUUCGUUGGAAAAUGAUGAACCGAACGUGCUUGCGGGUUUUGAGUACGAUCCGAAUGACAAUCGAUACCUAGAAGCUACCAUUGGGUCUACAUGCAAAGAGGUAGCCGUAAACUGGCAAAACGUCCAUCUAUCCGGGCCCAUGAAGAACAAGACGCGGAAACCGAGCGAAAAGUUGCUGCCAGAUUUUAGCCUCUACGGAAGGGUUGCUGUCUAUCCAGACAAUAAAAUGGAAACCCUACGAACGGAUCGAUUGUUUUGGGAUGAUAUUGACACUCGGAUUGGGUUGAGCCGGAGGGAGGCGUUGGCCAAAAAUGAUCAUGGCGGAUUUGGGGAAGCGGCGUUGGAGGCUUUUGACCAAUAUCGGCAUUAUAUCAACGGCAAACGUGGAGGGGUUAUUAAUGCGCCGACAUCUUGGGUCGAAGCAGCAGCGUUCCGGCACGGCGCGGCUUCGGUGAUGUCGAUUGGGUACCGGCAAGUGGAAAUCCAGUCAGCCAACAACCUGACCUUCAUGCACCCGCUGGACAUUUGCAAGCAGCAGCGAGACACGGUGAAUUCGCUCGAUUUCGCGGCGGCUUUCACGACAAUUGAGAGGAGCGGGCUUGGCAGGUUCAACGAGGCCCUCGACCCGUGGGGCGAUUUGCGUAUGAUGGCCAUGGUGCGGUGUCUGCUCAAAUUUGACGGAAUUUUUGUCCUCGGUGUGCCGUUGGGCGAAGACGCGUUGUUCUGGAAUUCUCACCGAACCUACGGAUCGUUGAGGUUGUCCUGGUUAGUGAGAGGCUACAAACUCCUCGGCUGCUUUAUUUUGCUGGCGUCAGUUUUGCAAUCGAAGAUGUCUGGCUGGGGCUCCAGGUCAGGAGCAUGGCUCUUACGAAAAUGCCAAGGCCGCGACAUUCACGAAUUUGCCGAGAAGGUGCACGACGCACUAAUGCAUCGAAUCUCAUUUGUGAAUCGUGAUCCCGAUAUCAAACUUCAUGUGCUGCCUCAAGCCGAUUUCUGUGAUCUGGGCAGCAACCUGGAGCAGUACGAGGUCAUCUACUGGUCUGAGGAUCGUCUGAAAAUGAAGAAACAAUUUGAGGGGCUAUUUGAAAAGGCGGGAGUACCAAAGGAAAUUGUCGCAAAGGUCUUGCGACACUUGACCGAGUCAAGCACGGCGCAUGCGCAGAGGGACAACGACCGAAAAUCGAGGGAAGCGGAUGUGUGGCCCGGUGCGCCGCCGAGCCAGCGCGUAGAUCGUAUCGUGCGCUGCUGGCAGGUCCGGCUC